CAAAACUGAGGAUUCUUUUACCAGGAGUUUGAUAGUUGUUUCUGGUUUAUAAGAGAGAAAUUCAGUGCCAUGCUAGGGCAGUGUUUGAAAAAAAGAUUAACAGAUAAAAUGUUGUGCUCCUCUGUAUCUCUGAAAGAUGUUAUUUGUUUUCAUAAAUAUCCCCUUUAUGACUAUUUUUUCAGAAGAACUAGAUCGUAUUGCCAAUUCUCAACAACUACAACGAAUAAAAACGUUCAGUUCAAAAACACUUCUUUAGAAUUCUCUAAAGAGGAACAAGCUAAGAUAUUACAAGUAUUGAAUAAUGAAUCUGAGGAUUCUUUCAAAAGACUUAACAUUCCCCCGAUGCAAAUUAACAAAUUAAAAGUGUGGAAAACCAAAAAAGGUCCCUACAAUUCUAUAAGUGAUGUUUUAGAUAUCGAAGGCAUAGAUGUCAAAAAUCUUAUCAAAAUAUGCCAGAGUAUUAUAUUGGAUAAACCAGUUUCAUCAAAUCGUAAAUCAAAUUUCUUAAGACAACGACAGCUCACUUCACCAAUUCUCACUAAUGACAUUGUUGAAUCUUUAACGUCGGCUGUAGGUUUGCAUUUAGGACCAGCUGGUAUAAGUUGGGCACAUGUCACGUGUCCCGUUAAAAAACUUAAUCAUUGGGGAAGUAAUCAAUUUUCAGACAUUCCAGUGAAAGUUAGCUCAUGGGAGAACUUUGAUUUGGCUAUGAAAGUUCUGGAUGAAAUUCCUCCUGCCGACUUGUAUGUAUUUGAAUCACCUGGAUUAGGUUUACAGCCACAAAGUCAGUUGGGAGCAGUAACCACUUAUAUACAACAAAUUGAAUUAACUUCAAUGUUGUUUGCUCUCUUGAAUACUAGUAAAAAGCAUAAUAAAAGAAUUCACAACAAAACGGAACAAAUUGAGAAUGUUGUAUAUUAUAUGAAAUCCAAAUUAGCCGCAAGGUUAUUUAAAACGUGGGUUGGAACAGAGCAAGUAUCCACUCUGACGACUAUCCAACAACUGUUCAGUUAUAAUGAUUUUGAUUUACCUUGCUCAGCAAUAGACAUAGAUCAAAACACAAUAAAUAUGUUCCAAAAUCAACCUUCAUUCAACAAAGAGAUAAUGGGACAAUCAUUACUAUUAGCUAUCACCUUUUUAGAUUUAUGUGUGUAUAAAAAUGAGAAGAGCUUAAAGGCAAUGUCAUCACAGAAGAGGAAUAAAUAAAUUUUCAUGGAAAGGAAACAAAGGACUUUUUUGAUGAGAGAAGUGGACGGUAUUCAUUUAGGGUUUAUGAAGGACAUAUUAUCUGA